UCCGAGUGAGUGGAUCUGUGGAAGAGUGCGAGGAAGCACACUUGGCUAUACUGGCGCGCAACUGCGCUCGAACUUUGACCGACGGUCCUUUGGAAGAAUAGAGACCGACGAAAACACUAACCCCAAGCCGAAUCCCAUAACAACCACAAAAUGCUCGCUCUGGUGCUAGCAGCGGUGCUGGUAGCGCAAGCGGUUCAGGGAGCUCCGACCAACUGUGGUGAGCUCUGCGAUCAAACCACGGGUUCCUACGGCCAGUCCUGGGGCUCGCACAGCAGCUACUCCAAGCAAUCGAGGUAUGGUUCGCACCAAAGCUACUCGAGUGGCUCGAGAGGUCUCGGUGCCACCGGUGGCCGUCUCGAGACCCUCGACGAGAACGCCGUCAUUGGCACACCUGGACUCGAUCGCCCGGGCACCUGGCAGGACGAGAAGCACUACGUCACCGACGACGGCAAGGGAGAGAUGAACUACCGCGCUGGUCAGACCGUGACCAACAACGGAUUCUCCAAGUACGCCUCCCACAGCUACAGAUACGGAAGCCACGACUCCCACGCUCCGCUGUCCAACUCGCAGAUCCUGAGCACCUCCGAGUUCAACAGCGAGCUGCAGAACAUUCGCAGCCGCAUCGCCAACUUCAUGGGCAGCUUCAACCUGGGCUCUGGCUCCCUCAUCAACUCUAACACCCUUGAGGACUUCAAGCACAAUGCCAAUCUGAUCACCACUCAGUUCAACGACGUCUGCAGCCAGUUGGACGUGAACAGCUCGAUGUAUCAGCAGAUGCAGCAGGAGUUACAGCAGUUCUUGCGUCAGAGCGAAGAACGUCAACGUCAGAUGGAGGCCACCAUUUUCCAGACCGCUUCAACCACGAGCACUGCUACCCACGGCUCAAUCCAUCGCUAUCCCGUUGAAAGCAGACCCGCAUCCGUUGUGAGGCCAGACGAGAACGCCAUCUUUAUUCAACAGCAGCAGCAGCGCAUCGAAGAGGAGAUUUCCCAGAUCCAGAACCAGAUCAACUCCUUCUACUCAACCUUCAACCGUGUCGACAGCGAUGUCAAGUUCGAAGAGAACCUCAACACCGAGGUCAACGUCAUCACUCAGAAGCUCAUCGAUCUGAAUCUGCAAGCUGAGCAGAAUCAGUCCCAGCGUCAGAGGAUCGAGAACAUGAAGAAUCGGUACGAGGCGUACGUCUCGUCGAUCCGAGCAAGGAUCGAGGAGCAGGUGCGACGCAACCAAGAGGAGGAAGUCAAGCGUCAGCAGAGACUGCAGGAGAUUGAAAAUGAAAGGAUCAGAUUGGAAAACGCCGAGCAAGCAAAGCAGGCUCAGUUGCGCUUGGAAACAGAACGUCUGCGUCAACAAGAACUAGAGGCUGAACGUCAGCGCCAUGCUGCUGAGAAGAGACGUUUAGAGGCGGAGGCUGAGAGCCGCAGACGUCUGCAGGCUUUGGAAGCUGAAAAACAGAAGAUUGAAAAUGAUAAAAUCAACGCCGAGGAGAGGAGACGCCAGACCGAGAAGCUGCAAAUUCAACUUGAUCAGCAGCAGCAACAUCUGCAACAGUUGCAAGCCGUCCAGACGACCAGGCCUCAAGUGACUGGAUCAGUCCAGGUAUCCGGUACUUCAUCGCUUCAUCAUACAGUGUCCGGAUCAUACGGUAGCACUGGAAGCAUCGGUUCAACUGGCUCGUAUGGCAGCACUGGAAGCAUCGGUUCAACUGGCUCGUAUGGCAGCACUGGAAGCACCGGUUCAACUGGCUCGUAUGGCAGCACUGGAAGCAGCGGUACCUCUGGAUCAUACACCAGACCUCAACCAUUACACAUCGAUCUGACUGCUGCCGUGAAUCGUCUGCAGCAAGAUUUUAAUAGGAUUCAGAACGAAGUGAACAAAUUCAACACCUACACCAUGAGACUUACGGCCGACAACAAGGUCAAUAUCGUCAACGAGGCCAAGCAGAGGUACGAUCAGUUGCACCAGAACUUGGAGAACAUCUGCAAUCAAAGCAGCAGAUACAACAACCAGAACCUCCUGAACAGCGCUCAAGAGCUGCAGCGUCACUUCGAGUCGCUCUACCAGAAAUUCCAAAACGAGGCUGCCAGAACGAUAAGCUCCGACUCCCAGGUUUCGGUUUCCGGUGGAUACACGUCCUCCAGCUCCUACGGAGCCUCGGGAAGUCACCACGUUGUACACCAGCCUAAGAUCACCAACGUCGAGUACUCGCACGAGAAGUCGACGGAGGUUGAAAUCGGUUCGUCCAGAAGACCAGCCCAGCAUUACGCAUCAGGCUCUGGAUACAGCCAGUCAUCCGGUUACAAAUCAGGUUACGGAGCUAGUGCCGACGACAUCUACAGAACCGGUGCCAUAGACCUCGGUGGCAGUGGAUACUCCGGUGGCGUCGACUGCGUAGAACAGCAGGCUGGACAACCCUGCAUCAUACCGCCUAGGAGAAACCGCAGGAACGUCGGAGGUAAAUAGAGUCGAGACGAUCAGUGGUGGUGACAAGGACCAUGCGACAGACUGAGAGAAUUUUUUGUAGCAUUGAUUUUAUAGAGUAGCGCUUUAGAAGAUUCUCUCGUUGCAGAAACGCGUGUAGUGUCAUACUAAUGAAGUAAUAACGACUAUUGUAAAUCGCAGUAUAUAUUAUAUACGUCGACAAUGUAAUGUCCGUGUUCUGUGCCGAAGUAUUCUCGUUUCUUUUCUUUUCUUUUUUUUAAUUCUUGCUUUUUAUCACGAUGUAUAGCUUCUGUACAACCGCUGACGUUUUAGCCGAAUUUUGUCAUACAUUUGUAAACGGUCGAGACUUCGCCAUUAACAAGUAACUCAUUCAAUUGACAACGCAUCGACCCUCACGCUUAAUUUAGACGAAUUUAUAUGUUUGUAAAUUUUUUUAUAAGGUUUAUCAAUAAAAACAUGUUACAUUAUCAUUUCACA